ACACUGACUUACAAUUUGUUUACAUUACAGAUUUAUAAUAGAUUGGAAUGUAAGAGUUAUUUCUAAUUGGCUGCUAUACUGGAGGUCCAAAUGCUCAUAUAGAUGAAUCCACACUUUUUAAAAGUUAUGUCCCAGACUCCCUUGGCCGCCAUCAGGCAUCUUAGGGGAUGAACCCAUAGAAUCCUCACAGUACCCUUUGUAGUUUUCAGAUGAAAUAAAAGAUGGAUGUAUUUGACUUGAGCAGUCAGGAGGAGUUCUCUCCCUUGAAGCCUCUCACAAAACGAGCUCGGAGAAUCUUUGAUAAAGCCAGUGAUGUCACUGUUUACCAUGGGAACCAAAAUACCGAGACAGAUGACAAAGAAACAUUGGACAAAAGUCUACAUGACAGGAACCCAGCUGGUUUUGUGAACUCUGAAAAUUUAUCAGGAGGAAAUAACCCACAUUCUUGUAUUGAUGAACUUGGUGUGAAAGUAAAUUCUGAGAUGAAGGAUGAGAAGUUAGAGAGAGACUGUGGUAAACCUGUGUAUAUUUACAGUCAGGAAUUGAUUCAACACUGUGAUGCAAUGCCUAAAAUUAUCAAAAGGGCGAGUAUGGUUCACAGUUUAAUUGAAGCUUAUGGAUUACUUCAGUUUAUGCAGGUCACAACCCCACGUAGAGCCUCUGAUCAGGAGAUGACGGGAUUCCACGCUAAAGAUUACAUCGACUUCCUGGCUUUACUCAGUAAACAGAGCGACGAGGAAAAAUACGAAGAAGAGAGUGAACAGUAUGGACUCACCUAUGACUGCCCGAUCAAUCGUCACGUUUACACAUACGCUUCUUUGACCAGUGGGGCAUCACUCAGGGCCGCUGAAUGUCUGCUGGAGGGGCGGAGUCAGGUGGCAGUCAACUGGUGUGGGGGAUGGCACCACGCUAAGAGACACACAGCAUCAGGAUUU